AUGCCCUUGAAAGAAAAUUCAGAGCUGCUGAAUGAGAGCUCUCAGACGCUUGUCUCGCAUCCGGCGACUUCAGUGGUGGCAACGUCGGUAGCUGCGACGAAUAAGUUUGCUAUUCUUGAUACCAUUCAGGAAGAGGAAGGGAAAAUCUUAAAGGACGUGAUUCUAGAGGAUGUGAUGGACGACACAGAGGUGAGUAAAACCUCUGGUAUGAAGCUACUAGUUACGCAAGAAGUUGGAAGCGAAGCCUCGCAGCAAGAGGGUUUGCCUCCAUCUGAUCUGUUGCGACAAGAAGAAGAGACCCAAUCCUUGUUGCGUCUUGACUGUGACGUUCCCCUCAUUGUUGGUAUGUUUCAUGAUGAUGCUGAAAUAGGGAAACGAACUGAAAGGUUGGAUGUUUUUAACGGAGAUCAUGCUUGCUGGUCGGAGAGCAAUGCUGAUAAAGUUCACGAUCAAGAAACGACACAAGGGGAAGUUUCAGAAUCACAAAAAGAACUCAUAAACCAAAGGCUGAGAUGA